AGGAACUAUAUGUCAUCAGGCGGUGACAGUGAUAGACAUCGCGAGCAUCUUGGAGUUCGCCAGACUAAACAUGCUAAAAAGAAGAAGUCUAGGAGACCCAUAGAUCCUGAGGAUAUUGCAGGAUCUAUUUCUUCUGCGCCAAAGCGCAUCAGCCAUGAUACUUAUUUAUUUGUUGUUCCGUUUGGUACGGCGGAUCCUCGGCAAUAUUAUCCUAAUUAUUGUCGACCAGUCGGUGCUUCUUCUACUUCACAGACAUUGCCUUCACGACGCUACGAGGACCUACCUUUACAGGCUAUUCAUCGAGCACGACCCUUAUCGGUAGGUACUCAAUCUCCCACAGGUACAUCUCCUCAGUUAUCUGCCAUGAGGAUUGGAGAUUCUAGUAGCGAGCAGUCAGAUGCUAUGGCCAGUACGCCUCCAUUGACUCAGCGUUUUGUGCAUCCUGAUGUAUCACCCUCAUCUACAGCUAGACCUAGUGCUACACCAGAUGAUACGAUGCAUGCUCUAGCUCCUGGCCAAAAGGACAGACUUGGUAGAGUCAUGAUUGAGCCGGAUGGAUCAUCGUAA